AUGCCGCCAUCCGCCGCCCGCGCCGGACCCCUGGCCUUCAUGCAGGCGCUGAGCCCGACAGUCGCCUAUUGGGAUCCGCGACAGCGGCUUCAUCCUCGCAGCCAGUCUCCGUCGCCGCCGUCCUCAAAGGAUCCGGAGCUCAUUCUGCUGCUCUCGUGGAUGGCCGCACGUGAUGAGCACAUCGCAAAGUACAUCGCGCAGCACCAAGCGCUGUUUCCCUCGUCGCGCAUCCUGCUCAUCCGAUGUCCGCUGCUGCGCGUAUGGCUUCCGUGGAUCGCGCGCCGGGACGUGAAGCCUGCGCUGCUGCUGCUGCGGGCCCUGGCAAAGGGCGGCGACGGGCAAGACGACGAGGGGACGUGCCCGCGCGUGCUGGUUCACAUGUUUUCCAACGGCGGCAUCAGCACCGCCGUCCACCUCCGGUCAAUGCUUCUGGCAGCCGGACUUGAUGAUGGCGGCCGCGGUAUCGCAGCGCUGCCGCGCUACGUGCUGUUGCUAGACUCAUGCCCCGGCUACUUCCGCUGGCGCAACACACACCGCGCCCUCGUCCAGACGCUCCCAUGGUGGGUGUCGCCGCUCAUGCAUAUCGCCAUCGCCGUGGCGUGUGUCUAUCACAGCCUCCGGCGCCUGCCCCCGGCGCAGAAUCAGAAUGCACAGGCCCUCCGCGCUCCGCGGCUCGUCUCGCGCGAGUGCCGGCGAACGUAUCUGUAUGGCACGGCAGACAACAUGGUGGACUAUCAGGACGUCGAGGACAAUGCGCGGAAGGCCGAGGAGGUCGGGUUUGUCGUGCGCCGGGAACGCUUCGAGGGCGCAAAGCACGUGGCCAUUGCAAGGGCCGAGCCGGCGAGGUACUGGGGAGCGGUGCGGGAGUCAUGGGAGGGAGCGCGAGCGACGAGCGACGAGCUGAAAGUUGAGGGCGUGUAG